AUGAGCAUAACAAUGAGGCAUUUGUUGAAUAUUAUAAUAGUCCUUUGUGUAGGUCUCAAUUGGGGUUGUACUGAGGGAACUCAAGAAAGAGAGGUUGAUUCUCACACUAUUCUAGUCAGCUCUCUUUUUCCUUCUUCAUCAUCAUCUUGUGUUAUUUCUCCAAAAGCAUCAAACACCAAGUCGUCGCUGCACGUGGUGCACAGGCACGGCCCAUGCUCACCUCAUAGCAGCGGCAAUGUCGAGAGUACUGAUCAAGAUGACAUCCUUAGACGUGAUCAAGAACGAGUGAACUCCAUCCACUCGAAGCUUUCAAAGAAACUCACAGAUCGAGUCAAACCGAGCCAGUCGACAGAUUUACCGGCUAAAGACGGGAGCACGAUUGGUUCGGCCAAUUACAUCGUGACGAUCGGAAUUGGUACACCAAAACACGAUCUUUCACUAAUAUUCGACACUGGAAGCGAUUUAACGUGGAUCCAAUGCGGACCAUGCGCUGCUGGAUCUUGCUAUCUUCAGAAGGAACCAAUCUUUAACCCUUCUUCGUCUUCUUCCUACGCCAACGUCUCAUGCUCAUCUCCAGUAUGUGCUUCUCUCACAUCCGCAGGAAUCGGUAGAGAAUGUUUGGCGCCUAAUUGCUUCUACGGAAUCGAAUACGCCGAUAACUCGUCUUCUGUUGGAUUUCUUGGCAAAGAGAAAUUUACCCUAACGAACUCCGUUGUCUUCGACGGCGUUAACUUUGGUUGCGGUAUAGACAACCAUGGACAUUUCCACGGUGUCGCCGGACUUCUCGGCCUUGGCCGCACCAAACUCUCGUUUCCGUCUCAGACGGCGACGACCUACAACAACAUCUUCUCCUACUGCCUCCCUUCUUCCGCUAGCUUCACCGGUCAUCUCACCUUCGGAUCCGUCGGAAUCUCUAAUUCCGUCAAGUUCACGCCGAUUUCCUCAACCGGAUUCGCAUCCUUCUACGGCAUCGAUAUCGUAGGUAUCUCCGUCGGCGAUAAGAAAUUGGAGAUUCCUUUAACCGUAUUAUCUACUCCAGGUGGUAUAAUCGAUUCCGGCACCGUGAUUACUCGUCUCCCUCCAAAGGCGUACGAAGCACUUCGAACGGCGUUUAAGGAGAAGAUGUCGAAUUACAAGGCUACAUUGGGACGUCCCCGGCUUGAUACUUGCUACGAUUUCACCGGAUUGGCGACGGUGACCGUCCCGAAGAUUUCGUUCUUAUUCAACGGCGGCGCCGUCGUAGAUCUUGGUGCGGUGGGGGUUUUGUAUGGGUAUGAUAUAUCGCGUGUCUGUUUGGCGUUUGCUGGGAAUAGCAACGAUGGUGACGCUGCGAUUUUCGGAAACGUUCAGCAAAAGACGAUGCAAGUUGUGUAUGAUGGGCCGGGUAAUCGGGUCGGGUUUGCUCCGAAUGGUUGCAAUUAA